AUGUUUGAUGUUGCUACGAGAUACUUUUCCUCUCUCUUUUGCUCUUCUAAAACGGCUACCGAUGAGGAGAUUCUCCAAGCCAUUGAUCGAUGCGUCUCUCCGAGUGAAAAUAAGUUGCUUUGCCGAGAGUUCUCCGCCGAGGAGGUCACCAAUGCCUUUUCUCAAGUUAAUCCGUUGAAAGCGCCUGGCUUCGAUGGACUUUCAGGUCAUUUCUUUCGUUCGUUUUGGAAUAUUGUUGGUUGUGACUUUGUUAAUCUUUGUCUUAGUCUUUUGAAUGGUACGAUGAAUUUUAAUUUUGUUAAUCGUACCAUUAUUGUCCUUAUUCCAAAGGUUAACAACCCUACUUUAAUGAAGCAAUUUAGACCGAUUAGCUUAUGCUCGAUCAUCUAUAAAGUCGUGUCAAAAGUUAUUGUUAAUCGCCUUAAACCGUUGAUGCAUGCUUGUAUUGCUGAAAACCAAUGCGCUUUUGUCCUUGGUAGACGUAUCUCUGACAAUUUUUUAGUAGCUCAUGAAAUUUUCCAUUAUCUUAAGGGAUCUAAAAAUGGUCCUAAUAAGGGAGCUGCCAUUAAACUUGAUAUGGAGAAAGCGUAUGAUAGAGGACUCUCUGCUUUAUUACUUAAGGCCCAAAGGAGGAAUGAGAUUAAAGGAAUUAGAGCGAGCAUGAGAGGGUCACGGAUUUGUCAUUUGUUGUAUACCGACGAUAGCCUCUUGUUUGUGAAGAAUUCGAUGGUGGAGGUGUGCAAGAUUAAGAGCAUCUUGAACCAAUAUGAGAAGGCCUCGGGACAAAAAGUGAAUUUUGAGAAAUCAAGCAUUUACUUUAGUCCUAAUACCCCUACUUCAGAUAGAUUGAACUUCUUGAAUGAGUUAGGUGUUGUUGAGGCCUCGGACCCGGGGAAUUAUCUUGGAUUGCCGCUCAUAGUUGAAAAAGGCAAACGUGCAGCUUUUAAUUUUAUCAGAGAUAACACCGAGAAGAGGAUUCAAGGAUGGACCAAGCGACUAUUAUCUUUUGGAGGACGAGAAGUUUUCAUCAAGUCGGUGGUUCAAGCUCUUCCAGCCUAUGCAAUGUCUUGUUAUCUUCUCCUGGAGGGUGUUAUCGAGGAUAUCAAGUCCCAAGCGCGAUCAUAUUGGUGGUCUGGGAAACAGAAUGCUAGAGGAUGGGCUAUGGUGGCUUGGGACAAGGUUUGCCGUCCCAAGAAAUUUGGAGGGAUGGGAUUUAGAGAUCUUAAAUUGUUUAAUUUUGCGCCCCUUGGAAAUCAGAUAUGGAGACUUAUCCAAUAUGACAAUUCUUUGGCGUUUAAGGUACUCAAAGCUAAAUACUUUCCUAACACUUCUUUUUUGAGGCGAAAGACAUUCCUAUGCGUGGGCAAGCAUUGUGAAGGCCAAAGAGGCGCUUAA